GGUCAAAGUGCAUCAGUCUUCGCCUGACCCUAGCACCAUGAACUUCGCCUCAGUGACUCACAUUCUGAUAUUGAUUCUCAUACUUCUAAUGGAGAUUUGUGCGGCGAGACCUUGGUGGAAUACCAAUGAAGCUGGCUACGAUGCCAGUCUGGAUCCCGUGGCCUGGUCGAGGUCCUUCGUCAAGGAGCAAGUGCGAAAAACACGCCACAAUACAAUCCCCACCUUAAGCAGAACUAGACAUCGACAAGCUCCAAAGUAUCGCUACAAGAAACUGGCCCAGGCACUGGCUGGAAGUCAUCAGAAAGUCAACACACGGCAGUACAAGAAAUUCCUAAGAAGACGUCAGAAGAUGACAGCACGUGAACGAUACUCGCUUUGGAGGCAAUAGCCUAACAGUCAUAUU